AUGGCCGCUGUUCAUCGCCUGGUUAUCGUCCGCCACGGGGAGAGCGCCUGGAACCAGGAGAAUCGCUUCUGCGGCUGGUUCGACGCCGACCUCAGCGAGAAAGGCGUGGAGGAGGCGACCCGGGGGGCGAAGGCCAUCAAAGACGCCGGCAUGAAGUUCGACAUCUGCUACACCUCUGUGCUCAAACGCGCCGUCAAGACCUUGUGGACCAUCAUGGAGGGGACGGACCAGAUGUGGCUUCCCGUGAUCCGUACCUGGCGCCUCAACGAGCGCCACUACGGAGGCCUCACUGGGCUCAACAAGGCAGAGACGGCCGCCAAGCACGGCGAGGAGCAGGUGAAGAUUUGGCGCCGUUCCUUUGACAUCCCGCCUCCACCCAUGGACAAGGACCACCCUUACCACUCCAUCAUCAGUGAGUCCAGACGCUACAAGAACCUGAAGCCCGGUGAGCUGCCUACCUGUGAGUCACUCAAGGACACCAUCGCCCGCGCCCUCCCUUUCUGGAAUGAUGUCAUCGCGCCUGAAAUCAAAGCCGGGAAAAACGUUAUCAUCGCCGCCCACGGCAACAGCCUGCGUGGAAUCGUCAAGCACCUUGAAGGGAUGUCCGACGCCGCCAUCAUGGAACUGAACCUCCCCACGGGAAUUCCCAUCGUCUACGAGCUGGACGCAAACCUGAAGCCCGUCAAGCCCAUGUCAUUCCUGGGCGACGAGGAGACCGUGAGGAAGGCCAUGGAGGCGGUGGCUGCUCAGGGCAAAGUCAAGAAGUGA